GCGUAGUAGGUAUGCGGAGUGAUUGGGGAUGUCACGGGGGGCCAUUGUCGACGGAAAACCCAACUUUUAAAAAGCUUUCAAAGUAUUUACUUUUGAAGCCAACGAAAACAUUUCUUCAGACACGAGACCAUGGACAGAAAGUGCAUUCCUGUGAAACAUUUUCUGAACAAGCCCCAGAUCAUCCAUGGUUUUGGAAAUGCCUCACAGAUAGAUGCUGACAGCAGCAGCCAUGUGGGGGCUGGACGACUCCUUCAGACCAAAGCACAGCACUACAAGCAGAGAAAUGCCUAUAACCCCACACAAAUAAAGACCAGACUUGACCUAAACACAACACUACCAGUGAGGCAAACAGCCUCAAUCUUCAAACAACCGGUAACUAAGGUGACGAAGCACCCCAAAAAUACUGUGAAGACAGACCUGCGAAAGGCCAAAGAUCCACCCAAACAGUUGUUCUGGGAGAGGAAGCUAAGUGGUUUAAGUGCGUUUAAUAUUGCAGAGGAAUUAAUCAAAACUAUUGACCUUCCCAAAGGCUUACAGGGUGUAGGGCUUGCCUGUUCAGAUGAAACUCUGCUGUCUGCCAUCGCUAGUGCCCUUCACACAAGCGGCUCACCCAUCACUGGACAGCUGACAACAGCAGUGGAUAAAAAUCCUGGAGUCUGGCUUAAUACUGCCCAGCCACUUUGCAAAGCUUUUGUUGUGACAGAUGAGGACAUAAGGAAACAAGAGAAACAAGUGCAAAGUGUUCGAAGGCGACUGGAGGAAGCACUGAUGGCUGACUCUUUAGCUCAUUUAAAUGACCUCACUUCAGAUGAAACAGCUGGGGGCCAGGAUGAGACCGUGAUGCAGAUGGACCCAAAGAUAUCGUAGCUGGAAUCAAGAAACCUUCAUUCAUAUUUCUGAAGCUACAUUCCUCAUGACAAAUACCUCGACAGUCUUGCGUUUUCUAUCUAAAUGUCAAAAGUGCUUUCUGUUGAGAUGUUGUUUCUCAUUUUGGUUUUACAUUUACUUUUAGACGGUUAAAGGUGCUGUUAUAUUAUAAACUGAGUGUGUUAUCAUGGUUAGUUCUUUUCUCCUGUAUGUGUUCAAUACAUUUUUCUUUACAAAUAAUGGCAGAAAAUAUUUAUCCUUUGUAUGGUGUGACUAUUCCACCAACUAAACACAGCUUUUGCUAAUGCAUUUAGGAUAUUAUGCCAGGAGUUCCUUUCCAUCCUGCUAUGUGAUUGCUGCGUGUUUCUGAAAUUUAGGUUUUUCUAGGUUUGUAGAUUUAUAUAUUGGUGCUAAUCUACCUGCCUGGGAUCUAUAAUACACACUUCUUCAAUCUGUUUAAAACAUACAGAGAUCUCAUUCUGGAUUUGCCAGGCAAAAUAUCUACAUUUAAUAGUUAUGGUGAUAACUGUAGUAACCACCUAGGUAUAAAAAUAUAGCCUCAAGAUUGUGGCAUCACACCUUGAAUUUUCAGUUUGCCUCAUGUUAGUUAAACCAAUGAAGACUUUAUGCUAAAAAUGUGUUCAUUCAAACGUAUUCUAACACUAUAGUACAAUACAUGAAUUUACCAGUAGUGAUCCAGCAGCUUAUCAAGCUUUGUUCACUUUUUACAUUGUUUUUGCUAAUGUAUCUCUAUGGACAUUUGGCCAAAAACAUUUUUUUAUGUUCAGUCCCAUGCUCUAUUCAUAUGCAUUGCAAAUUUCAUUCACUUGACAUCACAAUAUUGUAGAAUGCCCAUAGGUUAAAAUUGAAAUGGAGGGCAGGUUAGAAUUCUAUGGUAGAAUUGGCUGUUUAAGUGGAUAUUUAAGGGUUAAAAGAGGGGUUUGGUUUUCUUUAUAUAAAUCAGCAAAUAACCUUUUAUUCUCCAGGUCUUAAGAAAAGCUAUAUAUGGCUGUACUAAGUGUGAAGUUUUUGCCUCUGCUGUCAGAGGCAAAUCAGUGUAAGCUCAAUUUUAUUUGGUAAAUAUAAAGAGUAAAGCUGCUGCUGUUGGCAGAUACAGACUUUGAGACUAGAUUUUGAGCAUUUGCAGUCCCUUGUGAUAAUUCACAUUUCAAAGAUGAAAACAUUGCCUCUAAAAAAUUGAUUUCUAGAUUUGUAAGUUAUGUUUUUAAAUUGUGUUUUUGGUCUAAACUGAUUUUGAUGUGGAAAGGCAAGUCUGGCCAUCCCUGCUCAGACUGCUGCUCCAUGAUGUUUGAUAUGACAAUGAGCCAGAUCCUUUUUAACGGUUUGUGGAGCCUAACAAAAGUAAUACGGUUAAACAUGGGUAGAUCACAAGAUUGGAUAGCUUAUUUCUUUCUGUAAAAGUGAAUCUCCCAUAGAGUUAUCCCUCCAUCUGAAGUUAUAUCAUCAAAUUCUAGAUUAAUGUGUAUUUGGUUUAUCAGCCAUUGCAGUCAGGUGGUCUCUGGAUGUUUACAAAAUGUACCAGAUGUCCUAGAAACAGGUCACGCCUAUACCUGGCUAUAUUUGAGUCUUUUCAUUUGAGCAGUUUUAUUUUCCAUGUAAGAAACGUGUUUUUUCUGUGCCACUUUUUACAAUAAAUUUUGAUUGUAUAUUG